AUGGCUAAUAACGGGAAUUACUCUUCACGCCGCUUAUUCAUAAGAGACUUUAACAACGACGUUUUAUUUCUUGUCAACACGGGCGCUGACGUCUCUGUUAUACCAAAUCGGGGAAACAUUGGAUGCAAAAAUCGGCCUUCGGACUUCUUGCUUUCUGCUGCAAACGGCGCUCCUACACAAACUUACGGUAGUAAACUAUUUCAACUAAACAUCGGUUUGCGCAGACAAUUUUCACAUGCUUUUAUCAUCGCGUCAGUAGGUAGAUCUAUAAUAGACGCUGACUUUUUGGAACGUUUCGGGCUAUUGGUCGAUCUCAGCAACAGGAGAUUGGUAGAUCCAACCACAAAUAUGUCGGUUGAGGUUUCACAGGCUAAGGUUGACGUUGUUGCACCUGUGCAUUACGUUGUGGAAAGUAAAUUCGGAGAAAUUCUUAAAAAUUAUUCAACCCUUACUCAGGAUUCAGAUUAUUCCACACCUGUUAGGCAUUCGGUCGUGCAUCACAUUGUGACCAAGGGACAAUUUCCGUUUUUCUCUCCACGUAGACUUGAUUCAGUGCAUCAUAAAACGGCUAAAACAGAACUCGAAUAUAUGAUGCACCCUGCAAUUGAUGGCCUUGAAAUGUUAGACCAUACAGGACAAAUGACAACAUUGACACCGUUGUCAGAGAGUCCUUUAACUCCUCAUCACCAGAUUCAUUCUUCAUAUCAUGGGGUAAAUCACAUGAUAGGUCAUCAUCAUUCUGGCGCUCUAACUGGUCAUUCUCCUGCAAAUCAUCAUCCGCACUCAGGACAACAUCACUCAGUUGUAGCUGCUGCCGUAGCUGUGGCGAGUUUGCAUCCUGAUAAUGACACGGAUCCAAGAGAAUUGGAAGCAUUUGCAGAGAGAUUUAAGCAGCGUAGAAUCAAAUUAGGUGUGACACAAGCUGAUGUGGGAAAGGCCUUGGCAAAUUUAAAACUACCUGGAGUUGGUGCACUUUCACAAAGUACGAUUUGUAGAUUUGAAAGCUUAACACUUUCGCAUAAUAAUAUGAUAGCCUUAAAACCAAUUUUACAAGCUUGGUUAGAAGAAGCUGAAGCGCAAGCCAGAAACAAAAGACGAGAUCCGGACGCCCCUAGUGUCUUACCAGCAGGCGAGAAGAAAAGAAAAAGGACCUCAAUAGCUGCCCCAGAAAAGCGAUCAUUGGAGGCGUAUUUUGCAGUUCAACCAAGACCGUCGGGGGAAAAAAUAGCAGCUAUUGCAGAAAAAUUAGAUUUAAAAAAAAAUGUUGUAUAACAACAAAAUUUGCAGGUUCUGGAAUAAAUUCCAAUUACGGAUAUUGUUGAAAUCAAAGCGAAUUAGAGAAGUGAAAUCAAAUUCUUCCAAUUGUGAAAUAAAGAACAAAUUCUUGAAGAAUUAACUUGUAAAAAAUACAAUGGGUAUUGCGUUUUAUUAUGUUUUAUAUUUUACUAUGCAAUUAUUUUUUAGUGUAUAUACAUAUAAAAUACAAAUGCAAUAUACUACAGAAAAUGAACAAAUAUAUAUGUAACAUAACUUAAAAGUAUUGAGCUUAAGUGGUACUUAAUUAACAAUAAAAAUGUUGUAUCUUAUUAUAUUAUAAAUUUCCUAUUUCUAACUUGUUUUUUAAAUUUACACAUAAAUUGUAUU